AUGACCUUUACGUUAUUACCACCUAGGCGCGCUGUUUAUGUAUGGGUCGCUCUCAUCAACUACCUCCCCUAUCAGAUUUGGCUAUCGAAAUUUACCAUCCCGACUGCCAAUCUCUAUAAUUACACACUCGUAAUUCGGGCACCAAACGAUCCAGACUCGGAUUAUCUAUUGGAGAUAUAA